AGAAGAAUUUAUUGGAGAAGUAUAUGCGCUGUUUAAAGAAUUAUCAAAGAUAGGGAAAUAUAUUCAGGUGAUUGAAUUGAUUAUGCAACUUUAUGUGUAUGAACCAAGGAUAUCAAAAAACCAUGCAAAAAGGAUUGAAAUUAAGUGGCAAUUAACCUCGCAUGAUUUACAACGACCAAAGUUAUCUCAAACAAAGUUACAGAAUGAAAGAAAUCAUGGUAAAUAUUUGAGUAACAAGCCAAUCAAAUUAAGAACAUUAUCCGAAACGAAACAAACUAUGAGAGAAAUUUUUGAAGAGGCAUGCUAUUUUGGUCAAGGUGCAUUAUCUAUUCUAAGAGAGAUCUGA